AUGAGAGCUUCCGCAGCUCAAAAUCUAUACAGAAGCAAUGCUCGGUUCCUCUUCGAAUUGAUCCAAAAUGCGGAAGAUAAUAAUUACUCCAGGGCCAAGGCUGUUGGUGCAGAGCCUUAUAUCAAGUUUACGAUCCGGCCCGGUACAAUUUGCAUCGAUUGCAACGAAGAUGGCUUUACUCCGGAAAAUGUUAGAGCCAUUUGUAGAAUUGGCGAGAGCACUAAGAUAAGGGCAAAUUCUCAGUACUACAUUGGCGAAAAGGGAAUUGGAUUCAAGUCAGGAUUUAUGGUUGCAUCCAAGGUUCACAUCCAAUCUGGAGCAUUCUCGUUCUUCUUCGACCACGAACCUGGAAACAACGGGAUGGGAAUGAUCACUCCAAUAUGGGAGCCCGCUGAUGUUACUUUGGCGGAACCUCUCACGAGAAUUACAUUGACCCUCCCUGACUGGUUGGAUCUUGACGAGCUUCUUUCGCAAUUCGAUGAGCUUCCACAGACGUUACUUUUAUUUAUGAAGAAGUUGGGUAAAAUCAUCAUGGAUGAAGAUGUGCAAGAAUACCGAGAUGUGCAAGUAGUAGCAGACGUGGAAGAGGAAGAAGAAGAGCAAGAGGAUGAAGAUGAUGAGGAGACGGAGCCAAAUACCAGGGUGAAAUCUAUCACGACGUGCUCCUGUAAAUUCGAUCAGAAUAUUGGGAGGGGCCAGGUGACUGUGUCAAUAGAUCGAGGCGAGGAGGCAGUCGCAUGUUCGGACGAAUAUCGGAUCACUCGUAAAAAUUUAUCGAACUUGCCAGCUGAUGGGCAGCGUGGUUACAACACGGCCGAAAAAGUUUAUGCCUUCUUGCCUAUACGGGAUUUUGGACAUCCAUUCAUAAUCCACUCAGACUUCGUUAUGCAAGCGAGUCGGGAAGAUAUUAUGGAAAAUGCGGGAAACAAAGCUAUCCUUGAGGGUGUAGCUGAAGCAUUUGUGGAUGCUGUCUUACAAUUCUAUCAGCACCCAGUUCUUCAGUAUCAGUGGAUGAGCUACAUCCCAAAUGAUGAUAAAGUUUUGAGCCCCUUCUGGUCCGACCUCUCGACUCGAAUGAAAGGGAGUUUGAAGACAACACCAGUUCUGUGGCCACGAAGCAGAAGUCGUCUUCGGCUAAUUUGUCAACUUAAGAUUGUCCCAAAACAACUUAAGGACUGUUAUGGCAAGCCCCUAGUUCCUGAUUUACCAGAGGAGAAGGAGAUAUAUCUUCAUCAAGAUUAUUAUACUUUGGAGCCCUUCGUGCUCCUAAAACUCAUAACACUCGGGCCGGAGGCUAUGAGCGUUCACGAUUGCGUCGAAGGAAUCGGACGAGUCGCAAUGUCAUCAACUUCGAAUAUGAAAUCGGCUGAUGACGACUGGCAUGAGCGUAUUGCCCGCCUACUCCUGUUAGUAUUCGAACAACCACACCUGAAGACGAAAAUCCCAUAUCUGAGGAGUCUGCCUUUGAUUCCUCUUGGAGAUCAGCGGUGGGUUUCGAUUGCCGACAAGGCUGUCUACUUCCCGGAUACUGACGACAUGCCGAUACCUUGGGAUCUUGGUUUGCGGCUGAUCGAACCCAAAGCAAUAAGACACGCCGCGAGAAAGACACUAUUUACAAAACUAGGAGUCGUGGACGCUGAUAAGGACAUUGUGAGAGAAUUAAUCCUGAAGAAGCAUAGGAGAGGAUGA